AUGGAAGACCAUCUUGCUAUCCUGAGAUCUUUCAGCGAGCUCGUCCGCUCCAUGCCUGCGCAGCAAAUGCAGGAACUUAUUGACAACAUGCAACGUGAGGUUGACAACCACUCCAUUGGCAAUACUCCUGAGACCACCAUUGACGCCGAAAAUGGACCUCCUGUGCCCGAGGCGGCAAUUAGUCGUCCUUCAAGUUCGCGUGGUAGACGUGCCCAGGGGGUGAGAAGAAGGCCACUAAACAGCUUCAUUGCUUUCCGAAGUUACUACUCUCCCAUUUUUCCGGACCUCACCCAGAAAAUCAAGUCGGGCAUUCUUCGUUUCUUGUGGCAGAACGAUCCAUACAAAGCCAAAUGGGCCAUUCUUGCUAGAGCUUACUCCACCAUCCGUGACGACCAUGAUGGCAGAGUUGCUCUGGAAGUUUUCCUCAUCCUAAAUGCUCAGUUUAUUGGUAUCCCGAAGCCAGAAAGAUACCUUGCCCUUAUGGGUUGGACUGUGCAAGUGGAUGACCAGCAGCAAUACACUUUGGGGAAAAUCCACGAGCCUACCAUCCUCGAGCAUAAUGCGGCAACUAAUUACUCUGUCGACGACAUUGUUCAAAACUGCUAUGCCACUGGAUACGUCCGCGAGAACACGCGCAGAGACAGGGGCAUCCAAAAUGGCAAUGUUCCGGUGUUGGCUUUUGCUGCUCAGCCGACGUUGAUUGUCCAAGCCAACGACAAUAUUCGGAUUCCAGGAAACCAAGUCCCCACCCACGAUGAUGACCAUGCGAUGGAUGUUGUCACUCUGGAAGAAACUGCGGAAAUCCCCGAUUCGACUUCAAAUGGUGGUGACGCUCAUGCCAGGGUAGCUCUUCCAGAAAAUAUGCAAGGUCAAGCUGUCGAAGACCGGGAGCGAGGCCAACCCAUUCCCAAUCAAUUCGAUUUCGAUUUUGGAAUUCCAGAGUGGGACAAUGGCGCGCAAGUUUUCACCUGGGAAACAUUGCUGCAAGACCCAUUGCCUGACUAUGACACCUUGCUUCCGGCACCCCAGGAUCUCGUUGACUUUGAGCAAUACCUAAAUGUGCAGCCUACGGGUUAUGCUGGUUAUGGUUUACCCUGA